GUGAGACGCGCAGCGGAGAGUUGGGGGGCGGCGUUAACGGAUGAUGCAGGGGAAACGGCCGGUGGUUUGAGGAUGAAGAGCCACGAAUGCCUUAACGACCGACUUAGACUUUAACUCCAUGGCGGUUUGUGGCCUAGGAGUGGCGGCCAGAGCCUGUACCUGUGUCCCUGGUCCUGCCAGCAUCUGGGGCUGGGCCAGGGCCGCGGCGAGAACUGGAACUGAAAUGAACUUUGGCUCCCGUUGUGUGCCAGGCCCUGUGCUGCGUCCUCCACACAUCCGAGCCCAGAGCAGUCCUGGGGCGGGGGGUGGUAAGAUUCAUCACCCACACUUUAUACAGUGCAGAAAACUGAGGCUCAGGAAGAGGAAGUGACACUCCCAAGGUCUGCCAGACUUCAGAACUAGAAGCUUGCUUUCAGCCACUGCCUGCCUCAGGGAAAACAGACGUCCAGUUUUCGACGCUGGGGAGAUGUUCGGGAUAAUGCAAGUGCAGGAAGUGGAGGAGGAUGAGAGUGAGGACGAGGCGGCCCGGGAAGCACGGAAGAAGCCCAACCCAGGCGGCCAGCUCUGCUACAAGGUCAUCGUGACCAAUGAGAAUGGGCUCCAGGCGGCGGACCCCAACAGCAUCUUCCUUAUUGACCACGCCUGGACGUGCCGCGUGGCACACGCCCGCCAGCAGCUGCAGCAGGUGCCCGGGCUGCUGCACCGCAUGGCCAACCUGAUGGGCAUCGAGUUCCACGGCGAGCUGCCCAGCACCGAGGCCGUGGACCUGGUGCUGGAGGAGAUGUGGAAGUUCAACCAGACCUACCAGCUGGCCCACGGGACGGCUGAGGAGAAGGUGCCGGUGUGGUACAUCAUGGAUGAGUUCGGCUCGCGCAUCCAGCACGCGGACGUGCCCAGCUUCGCCACCGCGCCCUUCUUCUACAUGCCCCAGCGGGUGGCCUACACGCUGCUGUGGCCCCUGAGGGACCUGGACACGGGCGAGGAGGUGACCCGGGACUUUGCCUACGGAGAGGCCGACCCUCUGAUCCGGAGGUGCGUGCUGCUGCCCUGGGCCCCCGCCGACCUGCUGGACCUCAGCUCCUCCACGCCCGAGCCAGCCGACGAGCACUACCAGGCCAUUUUGGAGGAAAACAAGGAGAAGCUGCCCCUGGCCAUCAAGCCGGCGGUGUAUCCCUGCGACCACGUCUUCAAGGUCUACACGGACGUCCAGCAGGUGCUCGGCCACCUCAGCCACCCGCGCUUCACCUUCACCCAGAGCGAGGCGGACGCCCACAUCCUCUACCACUUCUCGCACUUAAAGGACUACAGAAGGCUGAGCCAGGAGAGGCCCAGCGUGCUGCUGAACCAGUUCCCCUGCGAGAACCUGCUGACGGUGAAGGACUGCCUGGCCUCCGUCGCGCGCCGGGCCGGUGGUCCCGAGGGCCCGGCCUGGCUGCCCCGCACCUUCAACCUGCGCACCGAGCUGCCCCAGUUCGUCAGCUACUUCCAGCAGCGGGAGAGGCGGGGCGAGGACAACCACUGGAUCUGCAAGCCCUGGAACCUGGCCCGCAGCCUGGACACCCACAUCACCAAGAACCUGCACAGCAUCAUCCGGCACCGCGAGAGCUCCCCCAAGGUUGUCUCCAAAUACAUUGAAAGUCCCGUCUUGUUCCUCCGAGAAGAUGUGGGGAGGGUCAAGUUCGACAUCCGCUACAUCGUGCUCCUGCGGUCGGUGAAGCCCCUGACGUUGUUCGUCUAUGACGUGUUCUGGCUGCGGUUCUCCAACCGGCCCUUCGCACUCAACGACCUGGACGACUACGAGAAGCAUUUCACUGUCAUGAACUACGACCCGGAAUUGGUGCUGAAGCAGAUGCACUACGACGAGUUUGUCCCGGAGUUUGAGAAGCAAUACCCAGAAUUCCCCUGGAAGAGCGUCCAGGCUGAAAUCUUCCAGGCCUUCACGGAGCUGUUCCAGGUGGCGUGUGCCAGGCCGCCCCCGCUGGGCCUCUGCGACUACCCCUCAUCCCGAGCCAUGUAUGCCAUUGACCUCAUGCUGAAGUGGGACAGCCGUCCAGAUGGGAAGCAAGUGAUGCAGCCGCAGCUCCUAGAGGUGAACUUCAACCCAGACUGUGAGCGGGCCUGCAGGUGCCACCCGACCUUCUUCAACGACGUCUUCAGCACCUUGUACCUGGAUGAGCCUGACAGCUGCCCCGUCACCCGCCUCGUCUAGGCGCCCGCGGGCCCUGCUGUGGGUGCUUGUGGGCGGAUCGCAGCCUCUGUUCCCGGAGCUGCUUCUGCACCGUGCCCCCGCCCCCCGCCCCCACUCCUCCUGCCCCCACCCUGUGAGCCGCCGUGGCCCCAGCCUCACACCCUGGCGGCUCGGGACCCCUCCCCGUCGGUCAGGAGCAGGGCCAGCCGUGCUGCCCCCAGGGCUGAGCGCUAGGCCCCUGCUCGCACGCCCCUUACUGCCGUCUGUGUCUGUUUGGUGUUUGGUCUCAGCUCAGCCACGGGCUUUAUUCCGGAGAGUUCGCCUCCUGGGGUGCUGUGCUUCCAGAGGGCGUUAGUGAAAGGGGUCUGGGGAACACGACACGGUGUUGUCAGAAACGAGCUUCCCUAGGAGCGCCCAUGGGAGCCCAGCGGUCAACAGGCCCAGCCUGGCUGCUUCCCACGCUCCACCCCAGGCCCUGUGGCAGGCGUCCCCAGGUCCCCCCUAGGAGCCUGCUUCUCAGACCCAACCUUCUCCCCCUUCACCAGCAACCUCCCUUGAAGCUCCGGGGCAGGACAGCCACUGCCUUUGGUUGCUGUUGCCUUUCCAUUUGGCCCCGUGGAAAGGGCCAGAUGUGGCACCAGCACCUCCCUGCCCGCUGGGCACUGCAGCGUUUCCAGCCUCGCCUGAGGUUGGCUGGGACGCUCCAGUGAGGGGACUCGGGGACAGGUGUGGGCAGCAGAGCACCAGGCAGUGGGCGGCUGAAAAGGAUGCUUCCAGGGAGAAUGCCGUCUCCCACCAGCUAGAGUCAGAAUGUGGGGUUUUUGUAACUUUUUCAUUUAUGGGAAGAAAAUACAAAAUUUUUGUUCUUAAUUUUGUUUCUGAAAUCUUGAGUCAGUUUCCAGGGUAGUUUGUGUUGCCACAGUGUACCCAGCCCAGCUAACCAGAUGGCGGGUGUGACUUUCCCGGAGGAGCUGCCUGCAGAGCUUUCAUGUGUGUGUACGUGUGUGCGUGCGUGUCGUGUGUGUGUGCGCGUGUAUGCAUGCGUGUGUUGGGAGGUGCUUGUUUCAUUCUGAAGCCAAGAGCGAUCCUUGUAGCAAAACUGGACUCAACUGCGCCUCCCACUUCGUGUCUUUUGGGGCGUGUCUGUCCACUGUCUCUGCUAACCAGAAGUUCAGCCUGUGUUCUGGAAAACACCCUUUCCUCCAGCCAAGGAGAGGUUCAGAGGGCAGGACACCUCAUCUCUGGUUUUCUCCGUGGGAGAGCUGCUGCGUCCUGUCCCCUCCUGGACGUGAUUUGUACCGCAAUAAAGUACGCCUUCUCUA